UAUAACUAACGUUUACCCAUUGCGCUGACGAAACCGUCUACAGUUGCUGAUAUCGUUUUGAACAUUUCAGUUCUUCAUAAAUUUCAAGAUAACUGUAGAGCUAUAAUCACUUCACAAUGUUGAACGCAGCUAAAUAUGUUGUACGUCGAACUUCAGAGCAGUCUCUUCUUUUUAAACAAGACCUUAUAUCUAAGGCAUUAUGUCUUAACACAUUUCAAACUCGCCAUUCAUCAUCUAAAGGCGUUCAAGGUCAUGUUAUUGGUAUUGACCUUGGUACAACUAAUUCAUGUGUAGCAGUCAUGGAGGGGAAAACACCUAGAGUAAUUGAAAACUCUGAAGGUUCCAGAACUACACCUUCAGUUGUGGCUUUCACUAAAGAAGGAGAAAGAUUAGCAGGUACUCCUGCUAAAAGACAAGCUGUAACAAACACCCAAAAUACAUUCUAUGCCACUAAAAGACUUAUUGGUCGUCGUUUUGAUGAUCCUGAAAUACAAAAGGACAUGAAAAAUUUGACUUACAAAAUUGUUAAAGCUACAAAUGGAGAUGCUUGGGUACAAGGUUCGGAUGGCAAGAUGUAUUCACCUAGUCAAAUUGGAGCUUUUAUUUUAAUUAAAAUGAAAGAGACUGCUGAUGCCUUCUUGGGUGCAAAUGUAAAAAAUGCAGUUAUUACUGUUCCUGCCUAUUUUAAUGAUUCACAGAGGCAAGCUACCAAGGAUGCUGGCCAAAUCGCUGGACUUAAUGUCUUGCGUGUUAUCAAUGAACCUACUGCUGCUGCAUUAGCAUAUGGCAUGGAAAAAGAUAGUGAUAAACUUAUUGCUGUUUAUGAUUUGGGUGGUGGUACUUUUGAUGUUUCUAUUUUGGAGAUUCAAAAAGGUGUAUUUGAAGUAAAGUCUACUAAUGGGGAUACAUUACUUGGUGGAGAAGAUUUUGAUAAUUUGUUGGUUAACUAUUUAACAAAUGAAUUUAAAAAAGAACAAGGAGUUGAUUUAAACAAAGAUAUUAUGGCUUUGCAGCGUGUGAAAGAAGCUGCUGAAAAAGCUAAAGUUGAAUUAUCCUCUUCUCUUCAAACUGACAUCAAUUUACCUUACAUUACUGUAGAUAGCUCUGGUCCCAAGCAUUUAAAUUUAAAACUGACCCGUGCUAAAUUUGAAGGAUUGGUUAGUGAUUUAAUAAAAAGAACAACAGCACCAUGCCAAAAAGCUGUAAAAGAUGCAGAAAUUAAACUUUCUGAUAUUUCUGAUGUAUUACUAGUUGGUGGUAUGACUCGUAUGCCUAAAGUACAGUCAUUGGUACAAGAAAUAUUUGGAAAACAACCCAGUAAAGCAGUUAAUCCAGAUGAAGCUGUUGCUGUUGGUGCUGCAGUCCAAGGUGGAGUACUUUCUGGAAGUGUAACGGAUGUGCUUUUGCUUGAUGUUACUCCAUUGUCACUUGGUAUCGAAACGAUGGGUGGAGUAUUCACUAGCCUUAUUUCACGUAAUACAACCAUUCCAACAAAGAAAAGUCAAGUUUUUUCCACAGCUGCUGACUCUCAAACUCAAGUGGAAAUUAAAGUUUUCCAAGGAGAGAGAGCAAUUGCUGCUGAUAAUAAACUUCUUGGUCAAUUUUCCUUAGUUGGAAUUCCACCUGCCCCAAGAGGUGUUCCACAAAUAGAGGUUACGUUUGAUAUUGAUGCUAAUGGUAUAGUUCACGUUUCAGCCCGUGACAAGGGAACUGGUCGUGAACAACAAAUAUCAAUUCAGUCAUCUGGAGGUUUAAGUAAGGAUGAAAUCGAAAACAUGGUGAAAAAUGCUGAACAAUAUGCCCAACAAGAUCAAGUUAAAAAAGAACGCGUUGAAGCAUUAAAUCAAGCUGACUCGAUUGUUAAUGAUACAGAGAGCAAGUUAACAGAAUACCAAGUCCAUAUACCUGAAGAAGAUGCCACCAACAUACGUGAAUUAAUCAAGGAAGUUAGAGAAAAAAUAGCACAAGCACAAGCUAAUGAACAAGAUCCUGAAGAAUUAAAGGCUAGUACACAAAAAUUGCAACAAGCUUCAUUGAAAAUGUUUGAAGUAGCAUAUAAAAAAAUGGCUGCUAAACGUGAACAGGAAAACAGUGGCAAUCAAACCCAAAGUGGAGAUAAUCAGACAAACGAACAAGAAACUAAAAAAGAACAGUAAUAUAAAAUUUCCUGUAGUAUCAAUUGCUAUUUGUUUUUUUUUUAAUCUAUAAUAUAAAAAUAAAAUUGUACA